ACUUUAAUCAUCAACCACAGCAGAAGUUAAGGCUUGAAAUAGCCUGUGUAAUGUAUCUACAGUGUAUGAAUUUUAACUUUUUGAUUCAAAUCACUGACACAAAUAGAUUAUAUUUAAAUGUAUUGAAAUGCUCUUGAUUAACAGAUUUCUUACGGGUCCUUUUCUGGUACACUGGGAAAGGUUACUAAUCAAUCCAUGCUCAUAUGGUGUGUUGAAACAAAUCAGGUUAUUAAUGCUGCUAGGCUGACAGGAGACAAUAAUGACAUUAGUGGGUUUAAUUGGGGACAAUGCUCAUAACCUUGUUUCCAUAUUGUCUCGGUGAUCAAGUACUGUUCUAAUCAGGUUUCUCCUUCUGUUUUGCUGUUGGCUGCCGUCCAGGCAUUACGUCAUGUGUCCCGUAACCGGGCGCUCACCUUCUGCGUAUAGAGUCCAAAUCUCCCCUAUUCUUCUUCUCUGUGACAAGAGGCUGGGAAAUCGCAUUAUCUCUGCCUCCAAGCGGAUAAAUGCCUCUCCCCUGACUUUUUACUGAGUUUGGAUUUUUGUUACUUUCCACCCAAAACAAUCAUACCCAACACUGACUGUCAGGAGGAUCCAAGUUAAACCUGAUAUAUGGCAAAUAGUGCACGUCUCCUCCCUCUGUAAGCUAAUUAUGUGUCAUACAUGUCCGCACAAGAGGGGUUUUUCAUUUCAGACAGCGAGAGAAUCGUUUUCUGUGAGGAGCCUGCAGCUGAAAAUAAAAGACCCCCCCUGCUCAAACAGCAAAGCCGUGCACAAAGCUACAGAGAUGACCUGUGCUGCCUUUCUGCUGCUGCUCAUCAUAACAAAUGGCGGGUCCUGUAAAGUCUGCAGUUAUCAGGAUGUUCUGGAUUACCUGAACCUGACGGCAGACAGCAGCAUUUUUAAACUGACCCGGCCCGUUCUGGACCAUACGCACAUCACUGUGGUGAAGCUGGACAUCAUCGUCUAUGCCAUCCUGGCGGUGGUUGAAAAAACACAAACCUUUGUUCCUUUCAUCUGGGUGUCAAUGCAAUGGACGAAUGAGCACAUCUCAUGGGAUCCGGCUCAGUUUUGCGGAAUCACUCAGAUUUCGAUUCCAAAAGACCUGCUCUGGAAACCAGAUCUCUUCAUCUAUGAGAUGACAGAGAAGGAUGCCUCCCCCCAGAAUCCAAACUUAAUGGUGACUUUUGAUGGAAUGGUCAUUGCCGGUGAUGACAUCCGUGUGGUUAGCACCUGCAAGAUGGACGUCCACAAGUUUCCCUUUGACACUCAAGAAUGCAGCAUAUCAAUUGGUUCUGCAAUGCACUGUUUAGAAGAAAUGCGAGUCCUUCCCUCUUCAAACUCCUCACUGGUCACUAAGUUUUCACAGCAGAUCAUGAAGACCCAGGGAGAGUGGGAGUUCCUGCGUAUGUCUGUCAACAACACCAUUCUUGUCUACGACAACAGGAGUUGGGACCUGGUCAUAUACACUGUCACCAUAAAGAGAAGGCCCCUCCUCCACGUCAUAAAUUUCCUGCUGCCCAUCCUAUUCUUCCUAACUCUGGAUCUCGCCUCUUUCUUCAUCUCGGACCAUCAGGGGGAGAAGCUGGGCUUCAAAGUCACGGUUCUGUUGGCCAUCUCUGUCCUCCUGCUCAUCCUGAAUGAAAUCCUGCCCGCCAUGUCCAACAAGACACCACUGAUAGCUGCCUACUGCAUUGUGAUUUUUGCUCUGAUGCUGCUAAGUCUUUUGGAGACGAUCCUGGUGAAUUAUCUGAUUGGAAAAGAUGAGCUUGGUUUGCAGGAAAACCAGGAGAACAAUCAUAAAAAUACCAAAACUAAGAAUUGUGACAAAGAAGAUGAGAAGCGUGCUGUCUGUGAAAGCAUCUGCAGAGAUUCAGAAAAAGACAGGCAGCACGAGCUUCUUCCCGUACUCGAAGAGGUGAACAGCAGCCUUCAGUCUGGAGAGUCUCACGUGAUGCUCUUGAUCCUGGAUGAGCUGAGGAAGCUGCAGAAAACGGUUUACCUCCAUUUCGGCUACAGAGAGGAGAGAGUAAAGUUGGUGUCCUGGGCAAAAAGAAUCAAUAGAUCUUUCUUCAUUUGCUACAUCAUCACAGUGUCUCUCUUUCUGUACUUCAUCUUCAGGGAAUGGAUAUCUUAGAAAUACAAGUUCCUUUUUUUUCAAAUGCAACUGGACUCUUUAUCGUAGACCCAACUUGUAAAAUGUUGAUUUGUAGUUAUUGGGAGGGGUUCCUAAAGAAGUGCAAUUUCCCAACUUGUUUGCAAACACCAGCUGCUUUGUUUCUGCACAAAUGUUUCAAAGCACAUUGCGCUAAACACACGAAGAGCGGCAAGUUAAGCCCAGGAGAUCUUAGCAGUGUAAUACCCCUUUUCGGGCACAAAAACAGCCAAUGUGGAAAUUAUCAAAGGAAAAGGAAAAAAUGACCCAUAGAGAGCUCCAGGUCUCUGAAGUACAAGAGACUCCUGAUAAAGGCGGCAUCGGCCUGUAUCGGGCAGGAUUCACGUUAGUAGUGCUGUCUCCGAAACCGUAAGAUGUGCAUGUUUUUAAUACACAGCUGCAGAUCGUAGAGAUUGGCUCACCGUUAAAAAGUUAAAGAGGCAUCAGAUAGUACAAUUAAUAGAUAGUUUAGACAUAAUGUGCCGUGCUGUGUGUACAUAUGUGAUGUAUUGUCAGAAUAAAAAAAA